AUGGCUUCCGUAUCCAGCAACGUCCUCACAGUCCCAGACUUCCAUAGACCCAUCGUCUACCUAACUCACGAUCCUUCCCGACCGCCAUCUUCACAGUCCCUCCGUAGGUCUAUGUCCGAAGAAAGUCUCAAUAAGGUCACUAUUCCCAUCUCAAGAGAGGUUCCAUACUUCGUCAGCCACAUGCCACCAUCGCCAGCAAAGACCCCAACCAACAGGUCCUCUGAGAACCUUCAGUUGGAUACAACUGCCAUGGCGCCUCCAGCAGACCGCAUCGUGCCCUUGCAUGAUGUCAAUGUUUCUAUCACCAACCUCCAUCAGACUGUUGUCUCCAACAGGGAGGAUGACUCGCCAACUGCUAGCAAGAAUGAAGUUAACGACUACAUUCAGCAAACAGCCGAUAUCCUCUCUGAGACCGUCAAGGAUUUCCAAGAACUUUCGAGGCUCGACAUCUCUGAGAAGAGCACUGUCGAACAGCUGGUUGCAGCUAACCUUCGUCUUCUUCGAACCUUGAAGGACAGACAUGCUGCCUUGGACAAGGUCGAACACGAGGUUCGGACCGAGCGAAACCGCUCCGGUCCGUACACUAGCAUCAAUCGCUCGAUUUACUUUGACACACCUGGUGAAACUCCUCCCCAAGCCUCUCGUAUCACUUUCAAGGAAUCCGUUCGUCGCAAUAGUGAUGAUAUGGACGGAAUGAGUACUAUUUCGGUCGAGUGGACCGAUAGGAAGGAAGAGAGGUUGAAGGAGUUGCAAAGGCUUCUUAAAUCCGCCAAUCGUGCUUGGAGUGCUGAACAAAACAAUUAUCUUGAAGAGCUCGAACAACUCCAAGAAGAAAGGAGAAAGCACAAAAAGAAGGUUAAGACUGAGCAGCGUCAGACUGACAAGAUGGUCAAGAUGGAGCGAUCUUUGUCGAUGUCUAAUGAGAGGGAGAGAAGGGUUUCGACCAGUCGAGAGAGAGCCUCGUCUGCAGACACCAAACGCCGUCUCUCGCUCGGAUUUAGUCCAAAGCCAAUGACUCGCACCGGCUCUUCCAGUGGCUUCCUUGACCGCAUCUUCCGUUCCGGUAAAUAG